UCACUACUCAAUGUCAUUCGGCAACACUUUCUAAGUUUUAACUCUACUAUCUUAAAUUUCAUCAUAGAGAUAUGGUCCAAGAAAAGAAACUAGUGGAUGAGGUCUCCGGUUGGCUCAAAAUCUACGACGACGGUUCAGUGAACCGGACAUGGUCCGGCCCGGACCAAUUCAAGUUCAUGGCCGAACCGGUACCUCCUCACGAACAAUUCGUGGACGGAGUCGCCACCCGUGACGUCAUAGCUCACGAUGGCUCCGGCCACCGUGUCCGCCUUUACCUGCCGGAGAAGGCCCCGAAAGACAACCAAAAGCUGCCAAUUCUCCUCCAUUUCCACGGCGGCGGCUUUUGCAUCAGUGAACCGGACUGGUUCAUGUACUAUAAUGUCUACACCCGGUUCGCCCGGUCCACCCGGUCCAUUGUUGUGUCUCCAUUUCUCCGCCGUAGCCCGGAGCACCGCCUCCCUGCCGCCAUCGAUGACGCCUUCGAGACCCUCUUGUGGCUUCAGUCCGUGGCCCGGUCCGGUUCACGCGAACCGUGGCUCGAGCAACACGCGGACUUCGACCGGGUUUUCCUCAUAGGAGACAGCUCGGGCGGGAAUGUGGUGCAUGAGGUGGCUGCGCGGGCCGGUUCGGUUGACAUGAGCCCGGUUCGGGUCGCGGGAGCAAUCCCGGUUCACCCCGGUUAUGUUCGGUCGAACCGGAGCCGGUCCGAGAUGGAGAUGCCGCAGACGCCGUUUUUAACGUUGGACAUGCUGGACAAAUUUUUAACAUUGGCGCUGCCGGUCGGGGCCACCAAGGACCACCCCAUAACAUGCCCGAUGGGUGCGGCGGCGCCGCCACUGGAAGGGCUGAAACUUCCGCCGGUGCUGAUGUGCGUGGCGGAGAUGGACUUGAUCAGGGACACGGAGAUGGAGUACUAUGAGGCAUUGAAGAAGGCCAACAAAGAUGUGGAACUUUUUGUUAGCAUUGGGAUGACACAUAGUUUUUAUCUCAAUAAGAUUGCUGUUGAUUUGGAUCCCAACGUUGGUGCCCAAACUGAGGCUCUCAUUUGCAAGGUCAAGGACUUCAUUGAGAAGCACUGAAUGGGUUCAUGUUUUCGUACCUAGUUAUUAUUCUGUGGAAUCGAUCUUAGUUGCAUGUUCAUCAAACUAGAGCUUGGUUUUCUUUGUCCUACGUUCAAUGGGUUGUUUAAAAUGUUAUUAGAACAACACAUUUUAUGAUUAAAAUAAAAUAUAAUGAAUAACAUGAAUGAGACAAUUAGAGCCAUAUAAAUUUA